CAGAGUUUCAGGAACGCGAGGCGAGUUUCGUAACCUGCUGGAGGGUUGAGAAGACACGAUUGAAUCAUCAGAGGAGUCUUUCCCCCCUGGAACCCGAAAUGGUACUGCUCAACCCCUUCAGGGAGGAAAAAGUGCCCAGUUCGUUUCCAGCCGGACCCACAGAUUCGAGUUCUCCGAAAGUCGCACUAAGAGUGAACGCGCAGUACCCGUCGACUCACCCUUGCAACAAGUUGCGCACAGUGGAACAUGGUAGCGCGAGCAUCAGGGGUCACUCCCGCGGUAGAGGUCGAGGCAGAGGCCGUGGUCGUGGAAGACCUGUAGCGGACACGGUGGAAACGAAGGUCGAAGCGGAAUUCUCAUGUGAAGCCUGCGACAGAGUGUUCUUCAAGCGGAACGAUUAUGAAGAGCAUCUUUCGCUGCACGUCCGGUGUCCCCAUUGUAGAUUUUCCUCCCUACAGCAGUUGGUAGACCUUCACGUGAAACUCGUGCACGAUAAGCAGUUGGCAUCCAAAGUUCUCGAGCAGAGUCCGGAAGAGAUCGCGGAAUACCUCGCGGAGAGACGAAGGAAGUUUCCUCGCCGCAAAGACCAGGAUGAGGCGACAACAUCGGAGAAGAAAGGUGUUAUUCAUGAAGGAAACGUCAGAGGGAACCGCGAUAGAGGCCGAUUCGAUCGACGCCCCAAAACGUCCGGCGAUGAUGCCGCUAGAACGUGUCAGAAGAACCGUCAGAGGAAGAGACGUCGCGCGAAGUCAACACAGAACGCAAACGGAGACCAGUCGACAGAGAGCCGGGCAAGUCAACAGAGCUGCGGAGUCCCGCGGUUCAGUGGGAUGCCGAUUAGGUCUCAAAGGGGGGCCAAUGAGCUGAACUCACAGGACAGCAUAUCAGAUAACGAUGAGGUGCAGGCGUCAGAGACUUGCCAGAACAAGUCGGUUUUGGACAGUAGCGCAUUGGGUGCGCUCAUGCAGUACGGCUCCGAAUCAGAGGAUGAAAUACCGCCGAAAGUUGCGAGGAAUGACAACAUCGCUGCGAAGGUAGCGAUCGCUGUGUCUGUUGCGAAUAAUAGCCGAGAGAGUGACGACCGAUUGGCUGAAUGUGCCGAAAUCGAGUCGACAGUGAAGAGAACCGUGAACUCCCUAGUCGACCGCGUCCAUGCGAAGAUCUCGAAUGAAGAACGGAAACAGAAUUCACGGCAAAAGCAGCUACAGUCUCAGACUGUCAGCCGACGAAAACUUUCGCUUCUUGAAAAGCUGCUGGCGAAAGAUAUCCGACAUGAGCGGAAUAUACUCCUACAAUGUGUCGACUAUGUCAUUCAGAUGAAUUUCUUCGACGGGCAGAGCUUCGAGGUCUAGAACUCCCCGAGAAUCAGCCCGUUCGGAUGCAUUUCCGCUUAUCGGAGGCCUCGCCCUGUUCUCGAUGAGUA